AUGCAGCUUUCAUAUCUCACAUGGUCACGGAGGCAAUAUCAUCAUCCGAAUUCAGAAUCAGGAGAUGAAAAUGAGCAUCAGUCGCUGACUGGCGAGAAUGUUGGGGCUUCUCCACCAUAUGACGGCCACAGAGGCAGGCCGAGGAUAUCAAUUCAAGUGCUUUUGAUCCUCAUCUUUGUGAUAGCAAAUUGCUUGCUUUUUCUCUCUAAUAUUGUCAUGAUCUCUAAAUUGAAUGCAUCCAGGUGUAGUGAGAAAGAGAGAAGCUCCUACUCACCGAUAUAUGACCGUCUUGAUAUCUAUCGCUCAGAAUCCCGCCAUAAUUUCACUAACUACUGGCCCGAUAAUAAACCCUCCAUCUUCCAACUUCCACCUUCACCGGCAGUUAACGAGGCCUGGAGCCGCAUCAGUAACCAAGAUUCAAUUGCGCUAAAUGCCGAUGAGGUCCGACGUCUAGGAUACGAUCCCGAUACAGUAUGGCCAGCACCUAAGGACGAAUUUGGAGAAGAUGUAUAUUAUGGAGUUGUAGAUGUCUUCCAUCAGAUUCACUGCCUAAACGUUCUUCGGCAAUCUGCAAAUCCGGCCUACUAUGGAGACCUUGGGGAGCAAACCAAGCAUACACCUCUCAAAUGGGAAGACCACAUGUUGCACUGUCAGUACGCCGUUUUGCGAGGCCUGAUGUGUAAUGCAGAUAUUGAAGUUAUUGUUGCCCAGAAGUUCCGUGGAUGGCCUGGGCUCAACAUAAAUUUUGCUUCAACCAAGAAAUGCCGCAAUUUUGAAGACAUCCUCAAUUGGAAGGAAGAAAAUUCAAUUGUAUCAAAAGCACCAUGGUCUGAAUGGCCGGAUCGUCCUAUUAUUGAACAGGACCCAGAAGGAGUUUUGACUCCCUAUGGGAAUCAUCUCGGCCUGGAGGAUUGGGCUUACAGCCAAGGGAUAGAGCUGAAAAUGCCAGAAGACCUGAGUUGGCAACCGACGAAGCACCAACACAAAGAAAACGAAAAUUAG